CUUUAUAAUACACAUGGACGCCAUGGAGAAGGUUCUCUUUCUGCUAUGGCUAGGACGGAAGAAAUAUAUGAAUGCAGACUGUGUUUUUCCUCCCUCACGUUUGACCGGAAGUUCCUGGUGAAAAGACAUAUCAUGGAACAACAUUCCGGAUUCGCAUAUACUUGUACUGGCUGUCAGAUGAUCUUCCCACGUCGGGACAACCAUACCUCAUGUCAUGGGAAACAUUCAACUUCUCGUAGGAUGGAAGUAGUGAGGCGCUCAGAUGGGCUGCGGGGUAGCAGAGCGAAGGAGGAGUUGGAGAAAUAUAACAGCAGAAUAGAGGAUUUUAUUCGGUUGGUAUCUCCAAGGGGCUUUAGGGAGCUAAGCCUCCACCCCUCUGGAAGGAUCUCCCGCACCCCGUCUCCAGUUGCCCGUUCCGAUAGAGGAGCAGUCCCUCCCUCCCCUAGAGCGUCUCCGGAACCUAAGAGGACCAGGCGCAGUAGAAGAUCACCUUCCCCCGUGAAUCCUCCUCAGGAGAGACGGUCGCCCUUCCCUGUUGCCCUUCCUGCUAGGAAGAGGAGCCUUAGUGUCUCCUCUUCUUCCUCCUCUUCGUCUUCCGGUACAUGUAGUUCAUCUCGCAGUAUAGCUCCAGUCGCUCCAGAGAACCCCAUUAAAUCUUCGGUAGUGAAGGAAAUAACUGUAGUGCCGGGCCUUCAAGUCCUGAUCGACAUAGACGAAUUCAAGAAGUAUCUCUGAAAUGGUUGAAUAAAUUCUC